AAUCCCGCGUGCGCAGUCACACGGCCGUGUGCUCACGACGGGGUGGCGCGCGGUGCGCGGUGGCGCGCGUGGCGCGGCGGUGGUGCGCGGCGGUGGCGCGCGGUGGCGCGCGGUCGUGGCGCGCGGUGGCGCGCGCUGGCGCGCGGUGGCGCGCGGUGCGGCGUGCGCGCGGUGGCGCGAGGUGGCGCGAGUGCGCGAGGUGCGCGAGUGGCGCGGUGGGCGCGCGGUGGCGGCGCGGUGGCGCGAGGGGCGCGCGGGCGCGGGGGCGCGGUGGGUCGCGCGGGAGCGGGGCGCGAGUGGCGCGAGGUGGCGCGCGGUGCGCGCGUGCGCGAGGUGGGCGCGCCGGUGGCGCGCGAGGUGGGCGCGGUGGCGCGACAGGUGGCGCGAGGUUGCGCGCGGUGGCGCGAGGUGGCGCGCGUGGCGCGAGUCCGAAGCGCUCUACGCGUACAGGCAGAGUCGCCUAAACGUGGGACACGUGGCUCUCCCCACACACGUACAGAGGGGCGAAGGGGGAGCGUGCAAGCAGUGCUGUGCGUUAGCGGAAGCGGAAACACGCGCUCACCUGCGGAGCGGAGCUGCGAGGGAAGCGGACCCAUCACAAGACUUGCCGCUGGUGGACGGCCUCCUGGCACGCCCGCUACCAACCCCAGCACGCCCUCGCCCAACCUCUCUCUCAGCCGCUCACCUCCGCACCUCGCCCUGCUCGCCCUCCCCUCUACGCCCGCCAUCGCCAUACCUCCUCAACCGGUUCGCCUGCACCACGCCCGCCCCACUGUCUCCCUCGCCACAGCUCGCGCAUGCCAUCCCGCGAUCGCCACGCCCCUCCGUCCCUCCCUGCCUCCACCCGCGCUCGCCCUCGCUGCUGCGGACGCGCCGCGUCAGUUGGGGCUCCGCAGGAAUUCCACGGCUUCCUCUUCUCCCUCCGUCACUCGCCGUCGGGCAACUCUGUCGGGCGGUUGGGGACGUGUCUACGGUGGAAGAAAUGAAAUUAGUGAGAAACUCCUUCUCAAUUCAAUUUUAGACAAACAAAACAAUGCUGAGAUAAAAAAGGAAUUGAAAGUCGAACCACUGCUGAAGAAACUUGAAGGAAAUAAAAGACGGUGUGAACAUCUGGGAAGGACGCCUGACAACGGACUACCAGCACUGGCAGAGGACUGCAGAUGGUCAGGAAGGAGAGAGAUUCUUAUUUCAGAUUUGAUUCAAUUUAAUAGUCCUACCUUAUAUGUAUGUAUGUACUUGGCGCGACAGCCCGUGAACGGGCUGAGGCCUACUGGCAAUGUCCUUGCCUCGCGGCCAUCGGUUAAGGGGUUUGACCAAAUAAUUGAAAUGCAGUUGCUUCUUUGCUGCACACUUGAUAGCAAGGCCGUGCUUAUCGGAGCGAGUCCGACCCGCUGUGAGACUGCCCUGCGCUCUGGUGAGAGUUCUGUCAUUCGGUCGGAAGCGGCCAAGUUCAUCCGAACCAUCGAGUUUGAAUAUAGUAGUCUGUAUAGUACUUACCUGUUGUCUUUAUACAUGAAGUACAUAUCAAGACGCAAAAAAGGUGGUACGGGAUAUUUCUGCUAUAUUCAAUACAAUUGGAAACUUUUCCAACACAGGCAACGUGGAAGGGUGAUUGAUAGAGUAAUAGACCCACGCAAGCUAACUUGGAAGCCAUUAUUAAUUUGCUCCAAAGAACAUCAAGCAAUUACUUUUCUUGGCUACAAUUACUCUUACUUGUCUUUUCUGGGAAAAACUAACUACUACUUCAAAUUCAUUCCAGAUUUUGCAGAAGAUGCAUAUCAGAAUUUUUAUUUUAAGAAAUUAGAAAAAACAUGUUCAUCAACAAAACAACAU